AGGCGGCGAGACAAGAUGCGGGGCUCGGGGCCCCGGGGCGCGGGACGCCGGCGGCCCCCCAGCACCUCUGCGUCCCUGGCCGGCUGCUCCUCCGCACCUCGCAGGGCGCCCCUCUGGACCUGCCUUCUCCUGUGCGCCGCGCUCCGGACCCUCCUGGCCAGCCCCAGCAACGAAGUGAAUUUGUUGGAUUCACGGACUGUCAUGGGGGACUUGGGAUGGAUUGCUUUUCCAAAAAAUGGGUGGGAAGAGAUUGGUGAAGUUGAUGAAAAUUAUGCCCCUAUCCACACAUACCAAGUAUGCAAAGUUAUGGAACAGAACCAGAAUAACUGGCUUUUGACCAGUUGGAUCUCCAAUGAAGGUGCUUCCAGAAUCUUCAUAGAACUCAAGUUUACUCUGCGGGACUGCAACAGUCUUCCUGGAGGGCUGGGGACCUGUAAGGAGACUUUCAACAUGUAUUACUUUGAGUCAGAUAAUGAGAAUGGGAGAAACAUCAAGGAAAACCAGUACAUCAAAAUUGAUACCAUUGCUGCCGAUGAAAGCUUUACAGAACUUGAUCUUGGUGACCGUGUCAUGAAACUGAAUACAGAGGUCAGAGAUGUAGGACCUCUAAGCAAAAAGGGAUUUUAUCUCGCUUUUCAAGAUGUGGGUGCUUGCAUUGCUCUUGUUUCAGUGCGAGUGUAUUAUAAAAAAUGCCCUUCUGUGGUACGACAUUUAGCUGUCUUCCCUGACACAAUUACUGGAGCUGAUUCUUCACAGUUACUUGAAGUGGCAGGCUCCUGUGUCAACCAUUCUGUGACAGACGAACCACCCAAAAUGCACUGCAGCGCUGAAGGAGAGUGGCUGGUACCCAUUGGGAAAUGCAUGUGCAAGGCCGGAUACGAAGAGAAAAACGGCACCUGUCAAGUGUGCAGACCUGGGUUCUUCAAAGCCUCACCUCACAGCCAGAGCUGCAGCAAAUGUCCACCUCACAGUUACACCCAUGAGGAAGCUUCAACCUCUUGUGUCUGUGAAAAGGAUUAUUUCAGGAGGGAGUCUGAUCCACCCACAAUGGCAUGCACAAGACCCCCCUCAGCUCCUCGGAAUGCCAUCUCAAAUGUUAAUGAAACUAGUGUCUUUCUGGAAUGGAUUCCUCCUGCUGACACUGGUGGAAGGAAAGAUGUGUCAUAUUAUAUUGCAUGCAAGAAGUGCAACUCCCAUGCAGGUGUGUGUGACGAGUGUGGCGGUCAUGUCAGGUACCUCCCCCAGCAAAUCGGCCUGAAAAACACCUCUGUCAUGGUGGUGGAUCUGCUCGCUCACACAAACUAUACCUUUGAGAUUGAGGCAGUGAAUGGAGUGUCCGACUUGAGCCCAGGAGCCCGGCAGUAUGUGUCUGUAAAUGUAACCACAAAUCAAGCAGCCCCCUCUCCAGUCACCAAUGUGAAAAAGGGGAAGAUAGCUAAGAACAGCAUCUCCUUGUCUUGGCAAGAGCCAGAUCGCCCCAAUGGAAUCAUCCUGGAGUAUGAAAUCAAAUAUUUUGAAAAGGACCAAGAGACCAGCUAUACAAUUAUCAAAUCUAAAGAGACAUCUAUAACUGCGGAGGGCUUGAAACCAGCUUCGGUGUAUGUCUUCCAAAUUCGGGCACGCACGGCAGCAGGCUAUGGUGUCUUCAGUCGAAGAUUUGAGUUUGAAACCAUCCCAGUGUCAGUUGCAGCCUCCAGCGAUCAAAGCCAGAUUCCUAUAAUUGCUGUGUCUGUGACAGUGGGAGUCAUUUUGUUGGCAGUGGUUAUCGGCUUCCUCCUCAGUGGAAGUUGCUGCGAUUGUGGCUGUGGACGGGCUUCUUCCCUGUGCGCUGUUGCCCAUCCAAGCCUCAUAUGGCGGUGUGGUUACAGCAAAGCCAAACAAGACCCAGAAGAGGAAAAGAUGCAUUUUCAUAAUGGGCACAUUAAACUGCCAGGAGUAAGAACUUAUAUUGAUCCACAUACCUAUGAGGACCCCAAUCAAGCUGUCCAUGAAUUUGCCAAGGAGAUAGAAGCUUCAUGCAUCACCAUUGAGAGAGUUAUUGGAGCAGGUGAAUUUGGUGAAGUUUGUAGCGGACGUUUGAAACUUCCAGGAAAGAGAGAAUUACCUGUGGCGAUUAAAACCCUUAAAGUAGGCUAUACUGAGAAACAGCGCAGAGAUUUCCUUGGGGAAGCAAGUAUCAUGGGGCAGUUUGACCAUCCUAACAUCAUUCACUUAGAGGGUGUCGUGACCAAAAGUAAACCGGUGAUGAUCGUGACAGAGUAUAUGGAAAAUGGUUCUUUAGAUACAUUUUUAAAGAAAAAUGACGGGCAGUUCACUGUGAUCCAGCUGGUUGGCAUGCUGAGAGGCAUCGCUGCAGGAAUGAAAUACCUUUCUGACAUGGGCUACGUGCAUAGAGACCUUGCUGCCAGAAACAUCUUAAUCAACAGUAACCUUGUGUGCAAAGUGUCUGACUUUGGACUUUCCAGGGUCCUGGAAGAUGAUCCUGAGGCAGCCUACACCACAAGGGGAGGCAAAAUUCCAAUCAGAUGGACUGCCCCAGAAGCUAUAGCUUUCCGAAAGUUUACCUCUGCAAGUGAUGUCUGGAGCUAUGGAAUCGUGAUGUGGGAGGUUGUGUCUUAUGGAGAAAGACCCUACUGGGAGAUGACCAACCAAGAUGUGAUUAAAGCCGUAGAGGAAGGCUAUCGUCUGCCAAGCCCCAUGGACUGCCCUGCUGCUCUCUACCAAUUAAUGCUGGAUUGCUGGCAGAAAGAUCGAAAUAGCAGGCCCAAAUUCGAAGAAAUUGUCAACAUGUUGGACAAGCUGAUCCGUAACCCAAGUAGCUUGAAGACACUGGUUAAUGCAUCAAGCAGAGUAUCUGAUUUAUUGGCAGAACAUGGCUCACUGGGAUCUGGGGCCUACAGAUCAGUAGGCGAAUGGCUAGAAGCAAUCAAAAUGGGCCGAUAUACAGAGAUUUUCAUGGAAAAUGGAUACAGUUCAAUGGACGCUGUGGCUCAGGUGACCUUGGAGGAUUUGAGACGGCUUGGAGUGACUCUUGUUGGUCACCAGAAGAAGAUUAUGAACAGCCUUCAAGAAAUGAAGGUGCAGCUGGUCAACGGGAUGGUGCCAUUGUAACUUGUUUAUUGUCACUUCGUCAAGUGAAUGACUCUGCACUUUGUAAACAAGCUCUGAGAUUUAUUUUAUCAAAAAACAAAGGGGAAAAAGGGAAAACUCAGUGAUUUCUAAACAUUAAGAGAGCAUUUGUUUCAGCCACAGAAUUUGUAAUCAGUGUUUUACUAAAAUCUCUUUAUCUUCCUCUUGCUGUCUUCAUUUUUCAUGAAGCAAAUAUAACCUGCAUGGAAUAAGAACAUGAAGUUUAAACACUAUCUUGUAUUACAACAACAAAAUCCUUCUCCCUACUUCUACAAAAUUUUAUACAUGAAAUAUAUAACUAUAUAUAGCACCUUUUUAGACUGAAUGAAGGCAGCCCCUUUCAAAACUUCCAAGAAUCUACUUGAAAGGAAAGUUUGAUAGCCAUCUGUAGGCUAACAAAAGCUGCAAUUUACUGACGUUUACUUCAAGUCUUAAUUGUCUACAUAAGUGUAUUGAAGAGCAAUAUGGUUAGAUAAUUUCUAAAUAGAUAUCUUCUUUUGUAAUUUUAAAUGCUGUUACACAGCGUUAAGUUAUAGAAACUAGUGUAUAAAUAUGUUGCUUGAUCAAGGACAAGUACAAUACAGGGUGUAUAUUUAUUUUUCUGUGUUAUAAAGUUUACUUUUAGUUGCUCUUCUAGAUACUACUAGGUAAUAAAUGUGUAUACACUGUAUAAUUUGCUGUAUACCCAGGAAUCAAUUUACGUUGAAGUUUUGUGUGUGUGUGGCUUGCACAUAUGUGUAUUACCAUUCAGCUUGCAUUGUUAAUAGUAUUUUAAUUUUAGCAACAUUCAGGAACAAGCAUUCCAGGGUAUAUUAGAAAUAGGAGAAAUAGGGAAGCAGUAAGACAAAAUCUAACAAAAGCUUGUGUCUUUUUUCCUCUCAUGUGUCCAAAAGCUGCUAAAUCUCUCUAUUCAGUAACAGGAAAUGUCUAUAAGGCUAAAUCCCCUUUGGUGUUUUAAAAACAUUUUGUGAUAUCUGUGACAAUGCAGUUCUUCUAGCCAUUAAUCUUACACCCCUGUAAGAAAUUUCACCUUUCUGAGUCCCAGAAAAUAUCUUGUCAAGCAAAGUUGACACCAAAGGGCACAUUUUCAGCAGGAUGUAGAAGGAUUUAACUGUGCAGACUUCUGUUAAUAUUGUUAAAUCCAGGACAUAGCACCAAGCAUUACUCCUAAGUGUUAAUCCUUUGUAACCAUUUCCUUUGUGGCCCAGCUCUAGAAAUUUUGAUACUAAAGCAGCAAUGGAAGGAUGUCAAAUACAUCCAUAUUUUUUUUUUUCCUUUUGGAAUUUUCUCUACGGCAAGGCUUGACCAGUUUUAUUUGUUGAUGGCUGUUUUUUCCUUUGGUAAUUUUAUCUUGUAUUCAGUUACAUUGAAUUGAUCUUGAGGAGCCAAUCUAAAGUGCUAUUCAAUUGGCCUUAUUAAGAAAUAUAAAAUGUCCUAUGUACAUGCUAUGAACCAAACUUGGUGAAGAGUGAUAUUUGUGCUGUGAUACAAAUUAAACCAUUUUUUAGAACCUGAACAAAACUGCGCUCCUUGGUGGAAUAACCAAGUUCUUUUGUAUUGUUACACUUUAUAAAUAGUGAAAUGACAUGAUUAUUCAAGGAGCACAGCAUUUAAACAAAAUACAGCCUACUUCAGAUUGUCAAC